AUGUCGUCCACGGAUAUCAAGCCUUGUGCCGUGAACAUCCCUGUUUCCGCUCACAUCACCUUCCACUACAAGUCGAUCGCGGACAGAAGCAGCAGCAGGAGCAGCAGCAGCAGCUCCUGCUCCUCUGCUACAUCUAAAGCCUGCUCCCCCAGAGGCAGCUCCGUCGGCUUACCGCCUGCUUUAUCAACUGACAAUGAAAUCGUCGAGACUGUACUUAAUGUUUCCGCUCCCGUUGUAGCAGACCCUACGCGGCCCUCAUUGUUCAAGAGUAACUACACCGCAGCCUCGUGCUUGACUUCUGACCCAACCUCGCCGUCACUACUGCCCUCUUCUAGGCGCAACUCUGUAUUGCCGGCAAGCGACUUCCACCAAUGCGCGCAUCACAAAAACUUUCAAAGAAGGGCCAGUGAGCCACAACUGCCCUCCUUCGAUAAUCGCUCGUCGUCCGAGAUGAAAAGGUCCGUCUCGUACGCCCAGCAUAGCAUGAUGUUCCCCAUCAGUGACCAACAGGAGCCGCAAACAUCCGCGUCUCCUAACGACCACUCAGACCCGUCUUGUCCUUGCAACAGACAUCACCACAGAAGAAACUCGGUCGCCGUCAAGUUUGACAAACCAUUGUAUGAGAGACUAGAGACGUAG